CUGACCUUGUGCGCGAGAGAGUACGCGCGCGGCCUCCAGUCUCCUCGACCGUUCCUCUGAGUUGCUUCCGGAGUGCGUCUGGGAUUCUGGCGUAUCAGAGAAACGGGACAAAAUAAACGCCAGAGUGAUAACGUUUUCGUGAAAAUUAAAAAGGGAAGAGAAUGCAGGCAUCCGUCCCUUCUUGAGAUGGUUGACCUGCAAAAGAAAAAAACAGGCAUGAUCUUCCACCGCCUUCCGAAGUGAAGACUUUAGGAAGCCGUUUUUGUGAGUGAAAAAAGUGCCUUAAGAACAGUCGUUUGUGCCAGCAUUUAGCUGAUACUUAGGGAACGUAGCGGAAGCAGCGUCAUUUCUUCUAUUUCGGUGACGAAAUCAAAAGAAAGGAGCAUCUAGAUUUCUCGGGAUGAGCAAGCUGUGGCCCUGACAGGCGUGGAUGAAGAUCGGGGCCAAGUUGAAGGCUUUGUUGUUGGCUCACAGCAGCCUAGGGCACAGCAGCAAUCGGCACCGACACCGCACCACCCCCGUCAGCACCGUCAGCACCACUACCACUACAACGACUGUCACCUCCGUCUCGCACACCGCAAUGCCCCGUGAUCGUCCCCCGCAGGCCAGUAAGUCCAUGCUGGACUUGUCUGGCCGCAAGACGUCCGACGCCAGCGAGCCCCGCCUGCGGCCCGCCAUCUCCGUUCUGGACGUGAGCGGCAAGCCGGAGCUCCGUCGCCGCCCCCACUCGGAGGGCAGCUACGGCCCGAUGUCCUCUCGCCAGGACCGACCUGCGUCCCUGUCCUCGGCCAGCGUGGGGCUCAGGCAUUCCCGGCCGAAGCGAUACUCUAGCAUCUCAUGGGCGGAGGAAGUCCUGGAACACCCGGACGAGGCGAUGCAGGAGGAGGAGGAAGCCCACGUCUCGCUGCGGCACUCCAGCAGUUCCACGACGUCGCCGCCCGCCACGCCUGCGGCUACUUCGUCCUCGAGCGCGGGGAGGGCGGCUCCCGAGAUGUUCCUAAACGGCUUCAGUGUCGCUCAGAGUCAGUCCAUGAUGACGCUGCCGAGGCCCGUCACCACGAGCAACACCUCGGACGAUGAGCCACGGGGAUUUCGCAAAAAAUCCUCCAGUGCCUUGUGA